AUGGGUAUCGAUCACACCACCAAGCAGCACCAGAGAUCUGGUCACAGAACCGCCCCAAAGUCUGACAACGUCUACUUGAAGUUGUUGGUCAAGCUUUACACCUUCUUGGCUCGUCGUACUGAUGCUCCAUUCAACAAGGUUGUGUUGAGAUCUUUGUUCUUGUCCAAAAUCAACAGACCUCCUGUGUCCGUCUCCAGAAUCGCCAAGGCUCUUGGCCAAUCUGGUGCCGGUAACAAGACCAUUGUCGUUGUCGGCACUGUCACCGAGGACUCCAGAAUCUACGAGUUCCCAAAGGCCACCGUUGCUGCUCUAAGAUUCACCGCUGGUGCCAGAGCCAGAAUCUUGAAGGCUGGUGGUGAGUGCAUCACUUUGGACCAGUUGGCCGUCAGAGCUCCAAAGGGUCAGAACACCUUGAUCGUCAGAGGUCCAAGAAACGCCAGAGAGGCCGUCAGACACUUCGGUGCUGGUCCUCACAAGCACAAGGCUCCAAGAAUCCAGUCCACCGGCCGUAAGUUCGAGAGAGCUAGAGGUAGACGGAGAUCUAAGGGUUUCAAGGUGUAA